UCAUAGGACAAAAUGAAAUACUUAUUACUACAUAGUCUUGUUUAAGUGGGUCAUUAAAGGACACUCGAAGAGCAGCGGAUCAAGAAAUAUGACUUUGUAUGAUCGCGUUUUGAAUGCCAAUAUAGACCUCAGUAAUAUUCACGCUACUUCUGUGUCUGCAUUCCUAUUGUUUUAUAUGAUUGACUAUGCCCUUCAAACUUGUCAAUCGAGCAAUAAAACUACGAGAAACACUUACUUGUUCAUAAGGCUAAGAAAUUACACUAUCUCCAUAAUCCAUGCAUUUAUAUCAGGACUCAGUUCGCUUAUUUGCCUUAUUACUUAUCCUGACUUGGUUUUUAAUAUCAUAGAUUCAGAGAACGUAUUCGCUUAUCAUAUUAUGGGUUUUGCAACAGGUUAUUUCGUUCACGACAUUUACCAUAAUAUAUGUGGCGGUGUUGAACUAAGAUCGUUGGAGAUAAUAUUGCAUCACAUUACAGUUUUAACCUGCUUUUACGUUGUAUCUUGGUAUAGGAUUCUUGUUUGUUACGCGUUGUUUGGGCUUUUGAUGGAGCUGAACAGCAUAUUUCUUCACGCAAGAAGGUUAAUGAUAUUACUUAACAUCGACCCUGAAUCAGUAACAUACCGCCUUAAUGCUGUUGCAAAUAUCAAUGUGAUUAUAUCCUUUACUUACAAAGGUAAUAAUUAUCAAAUGAAUCAAUGUUUUAUUAUGAUAAUUAAGUUAAAGAAUUUAUUCGGAAAAUUUUCAUGUCUACAAUUCUAUUGUUAGCAGUUAACUGUAAAUUUAAUAUUUUCAAGUGGCUUUUAUUAAUGUCAAUCAUUAUUAUUAUUAAUAACAAUAUGUAAAACAUUUUCAACUGUAAACAGUUAAUGAAUAACUAUAGUCUAAUAGCAUAUUGAUGUUCCUUCUUUCUUCUUCUUCUUUUUUUUAUAAUGAAUAAAAGAAAAUUGUUUUACGAAAAAAAGAGUAAAUUUUUAUUAAAAGUUAAUUCAGCUUAAAAUAAGUUAUAAAGAAAAUAAGCUGAAUCCUGGUGAAUCAAACGGAAAACAACUCAAGUAGAAAAGUAUAACUAUAAAAAGGUUAUUAAAUUUCAGUAAAAUCUCUACGAUGUAGUCGGCAUCGAAGUGUUAACAUGUUGAAAACGUAAUCAAGUCUGUGACUAGUUCACUUAAUUAAUUAUUGUUUUAAUAAUAAAUAAUUGUUUAGUUAAA